GUCUCAUAAAUGUUCUAAUCUGGUGGCCAAUCCCUCCUAAAGCAACAAUGCCGAUUGGUCCCAGAGACUGAUGAUCACGCUUUAGAAACAGGAACACGUGAAACUUAACAAACAGGCUGGUCUAGUUCAGUAGGUUAAAUGCGGUUUGUAUGAGAGAGGUGAGCUUCACUGUGUGUCAGUGAUUGGAGGAGAUAACACACUUUGUGGCUUUGGGUCUGUAACCCCAAAUACAGCCAUCAAGAAAUGUCACAGAAGAGGUUAUUUGUGGUCCUUCUUCUUGUUUGUACUCUCAGUCUUUUGGUGUACAACAGGAACUACUUUAGCUGGAAAUUGGAUACCUUUAGUGUGCUGCAUUUGACUACUCUGGCUCCCUUUGUUCAACAAAAACAGACGCAACAACCACAACAGCACCACCAACAACAAAAACAACAGCAGCAAAAACCACCACAGCAGGAACAGCAACAACAAAAACAGCAGCAACAGCAAACAUUAAAGCAGCAACAGAAACAACUAAAGCAGCAGCAACAACAAGAACAACAGCAGAAGCAGCUACAACUAAAGCAGCAGCAACAACAGCAGCAGCGACAACAACAACAGCAGCAGGAACAGCAACAAAAACAGCAGCAGCAGCAGCAACAACAACAACAGGAGCAACAACAGCAGGAGAAACAACAACAACAACAACAAAAACUGCAGCAGCAACAACAACAGCAACAACAACAGGAGCAGAACCAACAACAACAGCAGGAGAAACAACAACAACAGGAGCAGCAACAACAACAGCAGCAACAAGAACAGGAGCAACAAGAACAACAACAGCAGCAGCAGCAGCAGCAACAAGAACAACAACAGCAGGAGAAACAACUACAACUGCAGCAACAGCAACAACAGGAGCAACAACAACAGGAGCAGAACCAACAACAACAGCAGGAGAAACAACAACAACAGGAGCCGAAUCAACAACAACAACAACAACAGCAGCAACAACAACAACAGGAGCAGAAUCAACAACAACAACAGCAGCAACAAGAAAAGGAGAAACAACAACAACAACAGCAGCAGCAACAAGAACAACAGCAACAGCAGCAACAACCACAGGAGCAGAACCAACAACAACAACAGCAGCUACAACAACAGCAGCAACAAGAACAGGAGCAGCAGCAGCAACAACAACAACAGCAGCAGCAGCAACAACAACAACAACAGCAGGAGAAACAACAACAGGAGCAACAACAACAGGAGCAGAUGCAACAACAACAGCAGGAGAAACAACAACAACAGGAGCAGAAUCAACAACAACAACAGCAGCAACAACUACAGGAGCAGAACCAACAACAACAGCAGGAGAAACAACAACAACAGGAGCAGCAUCAACAACAACAACAACAGCAGCAACAAGAAAAGGAGAAACAACAACAACAGCAGCAACAAGAACAACAACAGGAGCAGAAUCAACAACAGCAGCAACAACCACAGGAGCAGAACCAACAACAACAGCAGGAGAAACAACAACAACAGGAGCAGAAUCAACAACAACAACAGCAGCAACAGCAAAGGGAAAUGAAACAGUACCCUAUCCUUGGCUCUACCCCAGCCUCCAAUCCGAAGCCGAAGCACACCAACAUUGUCUUCCUCAAGACCCACAAAACGGCCAGCACCACCAUCCAGAACAUGCUGUUUCGUUUUGCUGAGCGCAACAACCUGACAGUGGCAUUGCCUACGCAAAGCUGUGGUCACCAGUUUUGUUACCCACUUUCCUUCUCCACUAAGUUUGUUUAUCCACAAAAAAAACCACCGAACAUAAUCACUAGUCACAUGCGCUUCAAUCGAUAUGCAGUACAAAGCCUUAUGCCAGACAAUACAAUAUACUUCACUAUCCUGAGGGAGCCAGCUUCUAUGUUUGAAUCUUUGUUCAGUUACUAUGGUAACCAUAGUGAGGCCUUCAGGAGGGUCCCUCAAGGCUCCCUGAAAGCCUUCUUAGCAAACCCCUUAAAAUACUACCGGCCACAAGGGAAGAACGCCAUGUAUGUUCACAACACUUUGACCUUUGACUUAGGUGGUAACAAAGAUUGGCCAAGAGGGGAUGUGGCUUCUGCAAAAGCCUUUGUGGCAAAGGUGGAGAAAGUUUUUUCCUUGGUGAUGAUUUCUGAGUAUUUUGAUGAAUCUCUAGUUCUUCUUCGACAUCUUCUCUCUUGGGACUUGGAAGACAUUGUGUAUAUUAAACUUAACAUGAGAACUGAACAAUCUAAGAAGAGUCUUUCUUCGGAUGUUUCUGAAAAGAUCUAUGCCUGGAAUUCCAUGGAUGCAUACCUUUAUGAGUACUUUAAUGCAUCAUUCUGGGUCAAACUGUCAGAACUGGGCCUAGACAGUGUGGCGAAGGAAGUGGAUCUUAUUCGACAGGCCCAACAGAAGCUAAUGAAAAGCUGUUUUGGUGGGCAGUUACCACUUCAGCGUUCGGCUUCUGAGAUCAAACGCAAGGAACUCCGUCCUUGGGAGCCCAGUAAAAAAGUUGGCAUAGUUGGUUAUGAACUCCCAUCAAAUAUUGGCAAGAAGGCAAAGGAGCUCUGCCUCAAGUACAUCAUGCCAGAGGUCACAUACACAACCAGGCUUCUUUACAACCAGUUACUGCAACAGCGGCAAAAAUGAGUUCAACGCAAACACUCCAAAACAGUCCACCAUAAAUCUUCCAAGUCUACUGCCUUGUAAUUUGAUCAUAGUGACAAGUCAGACUGUCUUUCUUGUUUAAUCCAGAAGCAUUUUGGUAUAAAAAAGUUUGAAAACAAAGGUUAACCAUAUCUGGACUUCAGCCAACUACAAUGGACCAGAAUGGGUUUUAUGUAAAAGUGGUCCCCUGUAGAAUAUCCGCUACAUGCGUCUUGAAUUCAAUGGAUAAUACAAUGUUAAGCUCAGAGUGUGCAUUGUCUGAUAUGGACAUUGGUAUCAAAUUUCCUAAAUGUAUUUUUUGUUUUCUAACCUCAGUGUAGCUCAAACACUUGGUUAUUUGGUGAUGGUGGCACAGGAGUUAGGUGUUCGCUCCGUAACCGGAAGGUUGCAGGUUCGAGCCCCACUCAGUUUGUCGCUGUCGUUGUGUCCUUUGGCAAGACACUUUACCCCCCUUGCCUGCUGGUGGUGGUCGGAGGGACCGGUGGCACCAAUGCUUGGCAGCCUCGCCUCUGUCAGUGCUCAUCCCCACCAGGGUGUGAAUGUGUGUAUGAAUGGGUGAAUGACUGAUUGUGAUGUAAAGUGCCUUGGGGUUUCCAGGACUCUAGAAGGUGCUUUAUCAAAUAUCAAAUACAGGCCAUGUACGCCACCUAAAGUCUUUGACUUGCAUAUUGACAAUAGAAGACUGGUUAUCAGGCCUCUGAAACAGACAGACUGAAUCAAACAAUCAACACCAACACAAGAACAAACAAACGUUAUUUCGUUUUCGUCUAUCUUAAAUCUAGUUGUGAUGCAAAAUGUAGUUGGUUUAAUUCACAAAACAAACAAAAAUAAACUUGUCUUAUCAUAUGUUAGACCAUGCAACCAUGCUUAUAGACCAGAUCUGAAUGAGAAGUUUGACCGAAUGAAAACCAUGAGCAAAUUAUUUUCUGUGGCCUUGCAGUGCGUGCUUCGUGUAGUGGGUUUGGUCGAAUUGAUGGAAAAACAAGAUUCUAGGUGAGAAGCAUUGUUUUUAUCACAUAUCAACCCCUUGGAAUCAUAACAUGGUCAGAGUGAGUUGGAGAUCAAUGUAGCCAAGGAGCUCAUUACAUCUCUGAAACAAGACUUUACUGUGGAACCUCUAAUCAGUCUGUUGAACGUGAGGAACACUUUAAAUACUUAGGCUCAUUCAGACUGUCGGCUCAGUUUAGCCAAAAACACUGACUACAUCUUUAAGAAAUGCUCACAGAGAAAAGCUUGGAAGUCUGGGUGUCAGUCGGCAAACCCUAGAGCUUGUUUAUAAAGCAACUGUGAAGAGCAUUCUGACUCUGCACCUCCCAGCCUGGUCUGGUCAUGUGAACUGCAAAUUCACGUCUGCGAAUUGUCUCGUGGGCAGACAAAAUAGUUGACAGACCUCAGAAAACUUUCUCCCAGUUGGCUGCUGAAAGAAUGAGGAACAUUGCAAGUAACAUUUGGGCCAUUCCCAUCUGUACCGGGUCGGCCCGGGCCGGGUAGCCCCAGUCGGCCCCAGCCUGGCCCGGUUGAUUCCACACAUCCUUGCCUUAAGCCCAUGUGGGCUGAUUCUACCCACCAAUCAGAGGCUUGCACUAAUGGAAGGUGUGAAUUUGCUGUCAGCGGUGGGUGUGUUGGCCCUGGUCGGCCUGAAGCAGACCCCCUCGAGAAGAGGGCUGAGAAUGAGCCUUGGUUGGCCCGGAAAAAUACCAGGCCACCCAGAUAUGUAAACAACCUACGCUACCCGGCCCGGGCCGACCCGGUACAGAUGGGAAUGGCCCAAUAGUAGCAGACAGCAGUCAUCCUCUCUUCUGUCAGUUUGAAGCCUUGAGUUCAGGAAGGCAUUUUAGGGUGCCUCUUGCAGCCAAAAUAUCUAUAUAAGAAAUCAUUUGUACCAAGUGCUGUAUUGAUCCUUAACCAAGGUAAAUGAUGAGACCCAACCAGAGGACAAAGUGUCAUGAAUGCUUGUAUGUAUGAAUGUGCAUAUACUCCACGAUAGACAAUAAAGUUGUUUUCUAUUCUAUUCUAUUCUAUUCUAUUCUAUUCUAUUCUAUUCUAUUCUAUUAUAUUAUAUUAUAUUAUAUCCCCACUAGAACCAGUGUCUACCCAAUAAUUGGAUACAUUUUUGGAGCACACCCUGGAUAGUUUGCCACUUCAGACCAGGACCACAUAGAGUGGGGGUCGGCAACCCGCGGCUCUCUGUGCUUGUAAAAUAAUGAAUGGAUGUUUAAAUAAAAUGCUUUAUAUUUUA